CACCAGGAGCGCGGUCCAGUCUGAACGCACAGGUCACGCCUCGCCUGAUGACUCGUGCUGGCCGCUGCUGCCUGUCUGCCACUGGCUGGGCGCUGUUUCCUCUCAUUGUCGAGGAGGUCGUGAGCAGGAAGACGGAAAUGAGAGCAGAGAGGCCGGGGGGGCCGGGGGGGCUGGGCUCUGUCACAAAAUACCUGCUGUAGCUUCAUAAACGCGGAGACGCGCGGCUUUGCCUGCAGCCUUGGCCGCCGACGGACGCGCAGGCGAACCAGAGACCGAGGACUGAUCACCGAGCCUAGUGCCAGCUCGACGUGCUGAGGCGGGAGGUUCUCGCUCUAGAGCCGCGGUUCCUCAGUCUGAACGCGGCGCCAGCGGAGAUGAAUCCCUCGCGAGGCCAGCGAGCGGCCGUGGCCUGCGCCGAGCGACCCUGAGGGCGACAGGUGCGGUUCUCAGCAUCGCCCCGCCGCGUUGUUCGGGAGCGCGGUUUGAGCUGGGAGCGCGCAGCAGCGCGGCGACGCGCGCGUUCUCCGAGGAGUCUGAAGGGCGGGCGGCAGAUGCGCCGCUGUGCGACUCCUGUUCCAGACGCGCGCUGACGACCUGCGGUAAAAUGGCUUCGACAAUCGAGAGGAAGACGCUGGAAGCCAGCGAAAGAAACGUGGGCCUGUAUGAGGUGUGCUGUCAGAUGCCAAUCAGGGACUGAACCCCGCAGGAGGCAGACAGACCGACUCCUACCAGGUCCAAGCUCUCUCGUUUUCUUUUUCUCUGCAUUUGUAAGAAAAAUAAAUGGCAUUUUUAAAUGAAUCUACAGGGAACCUGUGGAUGAGGUCCUCCAGAUGCCUCCAUCGCUGCUGACAUGCGGUGGUUGUCAGCAAAGCAUCGGAGACCGCUUUUUCCUCAAGGCCAUAGAGCAGUACUGGCAUGAGGACUGUCUGAGCUGUGACCUCUGCGGCUGCCGGCUGGGGGAGGUUGGCCGGAGGCUCUACUACAAACUCGGUAGGAAGCUGUGUCGGAGGGACUACCUCAGACUGUUUGGUCAGGACGGGCUCUGUGCUUCCUGUGAGAAGAGGAUCCGGGCCUUUGAGAUGACGAUGCGCGUGCGUGACAAAGUGUACCACCUCGAGUGCUUUAAAUGUGCGGCCUGCCAGAAGCACUUCUGUGUUGGAGACCGCUACCUGCUCAUCAACUCGGACAUUGUCUGUGAGCAGGACAUUUUUGAGUGGACCAAACUCAACGGCAACUUGGUCUAGUUUCUUCUAAAGUAUCAAAAGGCUGCUGAUGCCAUGCCAUGCCAGUAUCAACAGUGACCCCUUUACAAUCAGCUAACAGUUCAGUGCAUCUCUGCAGCAUUGUUGCCUAAAGAGACAGUAGGUGAGGAACACAGCUGCUCUCCAAAAUCCAGAUCCCUUUUCUCGGCCCACCAGCAUUUAUCCAGGAUUGCUUACAAACUUUUCUAAUGGUAUCUUUUUUGCAUGGAAAAGCAAAUGCGAACUUUUUUGAUGUAUGAAGGCAAUAAUAGCUGUUUUCAUGCCACUUUGGUACAUAGUCAUAGAAACCGUCUAUCUGCACAAUAAAACGUGCUGUCUGAAUCGCGUAUUUGCCGUGGACAUAUGGAUACAUUACUUGGUAUAAACAGAAGAUCACUUCCUUUAUUUUUUUCCAAUUCCAGUUCUCAAGACAACUUUUCCUAUCCCGUCUUUAAGUUGUCUGGACUGGUAUUUGGUUGGCAUGAAUCGCCCAGAUCAGUAGGUCAUAUUAAAAUCUAUUUUGAUAGUCCUUUUAAAAUCGGAUUGCAGGGAGAACCCCUGUGUGAUUCGUAGGCAGUUCUACUGUAAGGACAUUUAUUGCUUAACAGAACUGGUAAGGAUUUUUUUUCCAUGACUAACAAAGAACCCAACAAGUUGCUUGUCUGACAGUAAAUAUUGGCAUAUAGCUUGUUGGAUUUCUAUCCAUAGGUCUAAUCAAUGUUGAUGCUCUACAAAAAAUUCCUCCUGCUGUUCCUAAAAUUCAGUGUUGUGAAAAAUGUUUGCUUAUGCAUAAUUUUUACACUAAACACUUUCAGAUCCUAAAUGAUGUAAGACAAAGAGAACAUGAGGAACGCAUUAUUCCUUUUCAUUUACUGAACGAAAUCAGUUUGCAGUACUUGGCUGGGGUCCAGAAGCUUCGGGUUUUUAACCUGGAAAUAAAAUGAUUCAAUAUUCUGCUCUACUUUUAGGUCACUAUUUAGAUUUAAGAAUCCAAAGAUUGUACUGUUUACUCAAAUUCUGUUGAUGAUGCAGUUUGUAAUGGACUUUCUAUUAAAUAAAAAUGUAAAAUAUCCGUUUUCUCUGCCUUUUGGACCCCACUUAUUUGGUUAAUGUGCAAAAUGAACUUAACAGGUUGUGCCACCUUUAGCAGUAAUGCUUCUCAUGCCUGACGUCUUUCACAUUACUGAGGAGGAAUUUUUGCGUGCUCUUGCCUAACAGCAGUGAUUCACCUGUUUAAGGUCAUGACACAGCAUCUCAAUGAGGUUCAAGUCGGGAUUUAGACCAGGCCACUCCAAAACCUGAGUUUUGUUUCUUUGGAGCUGUUCAGACUUACUCUGGUGCUUCGGAUCGUUGUCUUGCUGCAUAAGCCAGUUGCAUUCGGGCUUUAGAUCAUGGACUGAAGACUGGACGUUCUCCUGCGAUAGAGGGCAGCGUAGUUUCAUCAAUUAUGGCAGCUCGCCUAGGAUCUGGAGCAAGAAAGCAUCCCCACACCGUCACACUGCUGCCGCUGUUUUACUGUUUGUGUGAAACUGAUUUCGGAACGCUGUGGUAACGUUAUGUUCCAUGUAAUGUGACCCUUGUAUUCCAAAAAGUUACACUUUGAACUAAUCAGUCCGCAGGACAUUAUUCCAAAAAGUGUUUUUUUGGCAAAUGUGCGAGGAGCCUUGAUGUUUGUUUGUGUGAGUUUUACCUUGUAACUCCUUGGAUACCAUGGAUGCCGUUUUUACCUGGUCUCUUUCUUAGGGUGGCUGUUACUGUCAUUGGCUGGAGUCCCAGAACCUCAGAAAUGGCUUUGUAACCCUUUCCAAACUGGAUAUUUUCAGAAAUUCCUUUCUCAUCUCUUUCUUUUGAUUGCAGCAUAGUGUGCUACUUCACGUGAAUAGAGAAUGCUUAAAUAGAGUCUAAAUAGAGGCUGGCAGUAAUCCCAGCCUGGGCAUGUCCAGUUUAUUUGACCACAAUCAUUUAGUUACAUUUAGUUAAUUGGUUGAUUGAGUAACUAAAGGUCAAUUACUUUUUCACACAAGGCUGGUUAGUUGGUUUUUUUUCCUUCAAUAAAUAAAAUUAUUUAAUGCUU